AUGUCUCUCUCAUUCCCAAAACUUCCAUCAGUGGUCCAACUUGAAGUGCUGAAGCAACUGGAACUCCAGCAAGUAUUCAUGUUGAGUUUGUGCUCUGAAAAGAUGAAAAGAGUGGUUCAAUAUCUCAUCAUGAAGCCAACGAACUUGGUUUAUAAAUUUUUGGAUAAUGGAGUUUCAGUAGUUGCGAUAUAUGACAACAGUCACAAUCGGAUUGAUCAUUAUUUUGCCAAUGUGGAGUUUGUUGCUGCCAUACCUAGUGAUCAGAUGAAACCUAUGAAGUUAGGAGGCAACACAAUUAGUUACAGAUGCAUCGAAGAAGCUCCUAAAAAAAAGUGUUCCCACACACUGCACUAUUUUGCACCCGAAGAAGUUACUGUUUUGGAAUCUCUCCAACGUCAUAUGAAAGACCUGUUCCGAUUUGAUACUCGUGUUCAACUGCUGUUUAAUUCCCUUAAUUGUAUAAACAUGUCUCGCAUCAUCAACGACGUCAGAGACACUGAUUUUAUUCUAGAAAAGUUAGAUACAGAGCAACUCGAGAACUAUUUGACCAUUCAUCCAGGUCAGGAUAGUCUUGUACUGGAGACGAAACUCACUGGACCACUGUUGAGAAGUGAUUCGAAACUGUGUUCCAUCAAAGGGUUAGCUGUUCAAGGAACUCGCGAUGGAGAUCAUCGAAACCCUGGCCUACACUUUUCGGAACUUAUUAACAAUUUCGGUGGAGAAUAUCUGUUCUUUAUCGAUGUUGUCUAUGAUGUCAAUGAUUGGGCGCAACUAAUUCGGAGAUGGAAAAGCAAGGAGGCCUACCACAAUUUGAAAUAUGUUGACACAACGGCACCCACAGGAGUCUCUAUACCGUUUGAGCACACUAUGCAACAAUUCGAUUUCGUCGAGUGGGAUGGUCAGCGAAGACCAAGAACUUUCAAUUUGGAUCCAAAAAUUAUCUUUCUCAAAUUAGACUCUUCUGAAGAGGACUGCUCCGAGUGGAUGGACAUACAACAAGACGGGGACGGCAAAUGGGCUUCUAUUAUGUUGUCACAGAAAUCUAUCUACUUCGCUGUUUGGGAUUGA